CGGGCCCGGAGCGGCGGCGGCGGGAGGCGGGCGGCGGCGGCGGGGGGCGGCGGGGCGCGGGCGGAGCCGCUGCCGGUGCCGGCCCCGCUGGCGGAGCCCGGGGUCCCUCCAUGCCGCCAUGGCCCCCGCGGCUGCCCGGCCCCGCGCCCUGGCCCUGCUGCUGGCGCUCGGAGCCCUCGCGUCCGAGUGGCCCCCCCAAAACACCAGCGAGGCCGAGGGGAGAAGCUGGGAGGGCUCCCUGGAGAGCAGCCCCCCAUGGUGGGACCCGGAGAGCAGAGAACCCCCGGGGGGGGCCAGCAACAGCACCAGCCCCGGGGGGGCCGCGGCGGGCAGCGAGUCCACGGCGGGAUCCCAGCUAGAGCCCCCCGAGGGGGGUACGGCCGCCACCACGGACCCGGCGGCGAUGCCAGAGGGGUGUGCGGGGUGCGCCGGGGAGGGCGACGCCAGCGCUGUGCCCCCCAAAGCCGGCGCAGCGGAGGAUGGCCCGGCAGCGGUGACCUGGCCCGGUGACGGGGGGACGGUGCCAGUGGCACUCGGCAGCCCCGAGGAGCCGGGGAGUGGCGAGCGGCCCACGCGAGCCUCCCUGCCCAGCCCGGGGGGUGUUGGGGGGCUCACGGCCGCCCCGUCGAGCCCCCCCAGCCCACGUCUCGCCACCGACUCAGCCGAAUCCAACCUGCUGCUGGCAGCCGGGGGCUCGGCCGCGCCGCGGACCCCCUUGCUGGGCGACCCCAGCCCCGUGCCGGGUGCCGCGGGGGACUCGGGGCGUCCCCCGGAGCUCUGGGUGGCCGCAUCCAGCCCGGCCCCGGCGCAGGGGGCUCGCGGCCGGACGGAUCUGACCUGGCUGGAGGUGGAGGAGCCUGGCACCGCCACCCCAGGCCCGGCCGAGCUGCCCACCGACCGGACGGCCUCGGAGAUCAUCGACGUCGACUACUACGACUUGUUUGAGGGGGGCGAGGGGCUGGGGGGCUUCCCCGGGGGUGGCCGGGGGGCGGCUGGCUCAGUGCGGCAGCGGGAGCCGGAGGGGGCAGCCACGCCGUGGGCCCUCCAUGAGCUCUACGACGACUUCACGCCCUUCGACGAGGCCGAUUUCUACCCCACCACCUCCUUCUACGCCGAUGGGGACGAGGAGGAUGAGCUGGAGGAGGAUGAGGAGGAAGAGGAGGAGGAGGAAGACGGGGGGCUGGAGGACGAGAACGGCUACCGGCCGCCCACCUCAGCUGUGCCUGGUGCCCAGCCGGCACCACGGGACCCCCGACCCACCGGCCGCCGCGACACGGCCCCACCGCACCCCUCCAGCGUCACGGGGGGCAGCCCCACGGCGCGGCCGCGGCCGGGGGAGCGGGGCCAGCCAGAGAACGGCACCGAGUGCCGGAGCGGUUACGUGCGGUACAACAGCUCCUGCCGCUCCAUCUGCGACCUCGUCCCCAGCUACUGCCACAACGGCGGCCAGUGCUACCUGGUGGAGAGCCACGGGGCCUUCUGCCGGUGCAACACGCAGGACUACACGUGGCACAAGGGCACGCGCUGCGAGGCCAUCGUCACCGACUUCCAAGUGAUGUGCGUGGCUGUGGGCUCGGCUGCUCUUGUAGUGCUGCUGCUCUUCAUGCUCACCGUCUUCUUCGCCAAGAAGCUCUACCUGCUCAAGACGGAGAACAGCAAACUGCGCAAGACCAAAUACCGCACCCCAUCCGAGCUGCACAACGACAACUUCUCCCUCUCCACCAUCGCCGAGGGCUCCCACCCAAAUAGAGAAGCGAAGGGCUUUGCUGAGCGCGAGCCGAAGGAGGAGCGUAGGUCCCUCUAGCCUUUGCCUUAGCUCAGAGCCGGUUUUCCCCGUCUUUCGACCGCCUUUAGCAGCCGUAGCGUCUGCCACCGCUCGGCCCGGCCGCCCUGGCAGGAGGGUCCCGGAGCCAGCUCGCUCCCCACUGCGGAGAGGAUGAACCUUGGGAUGAAUUCGGUGCCGCUCCCUGGCGUCUCGCCGGGGUCUGACCCGUCCCUCAUCCCCUCUGGGAUGCGGAGGGCUCGGUCCCACUGUGGCAUGUGGUGCCUGGGACGCAGCACACCGAGGAUGCGGAGGGGACGGCGUGGCCAACACCCCCGGGAAAGGGGCUUUUGGGGACACGCGGUGCAGCCCCUCCGCCGGGCGAUGGAGCUCGGUGCCCCGGCAGCAGAGCCCAUCCCGCAGGGUUUGCCGCGGAGCCGAUGGCACAAGCCGGACCAGCCGGGCCCCGCUCACAGGGUCACUGCCCAGGAGAUGGAGGUUUCCUGUCCUCGUAGAGGCACGGCUGCGUGACACCGGCUCUUGGGUGUCUCCAUCCACCUGCUGCUUGCCGUGCGGCACCGGGAGCACCGCGACCACGGGUGCCUCACCGCCACGGCCCCGGGCUCGUCCUGCCCCGCCAGCACUGACGGCGACGCCGGGACCAUCCGGGCACAGACGUUACCCAACGCAGCCAGAGCUUGGCGCCGGUGCCGGGGGGCACGCUCUCCCCAUGGAUGCGGGACAAAUUUGGGGUGCAGCCUAGUGCUGGGGUGGGGGAGGAUGCUCCCAGCUGCCAUGGUGGGACAUCGGGAAGAGGCAUCCCUGGCUUUGCCGCUGGUGGAUCCGGCCAGCGGCGCGGCGGGGCCGGCUGUACACUAACGAACCUCAAUAAAUCCAACCCCUCGGGCCUCCUGCCAAGCGCCGCUCGCUCGGGGAGUUGCUAAUUGGUGUGGGGGGAUGAUGAGAUGAGCUGGGCUGGAAAUGGGAAGAGAAACGGGGUGGUGGAGGGGGGGAGCUGGAAAGGUGGCGGGUGGGAUGGCUCCCAUGGCCAGUGCGGCUCUUGGGUGCUGCUGGUGAGCGGCUUUGGGUGCUGGAGACACCCCAAGGUGGGGAACGACACGGUGGGUCUGCAGGGGUGCCUGCACAGAGGCAGGGCCCGGAUCGGGACCCUGCAUUGCCGGCGUGGACGUUGGUGCCGUCACCCACUCCCAGCUGUGCGUCACCCACCCUCAUCACGCCGGUGGCCCCCACGGCACAGCCGUCUCCUGACCCCC